CUAGGGCAGGGAGCUAUGGGCUUGGCAAUGGAGCAGCUAGAUGCUGAAGCUGCCAAGGAUGUAAACGGACGGAGCCGGAGCCAAUCCUCCCGGAGCAGAGAAAGGCAAAGAUCUUGCCCACAGUGCACAUGGGGCAUGGAGGAGAAGACAGCGGCGCAGUCGGGGGCCAGCGGGGGCAGCUGGGAGCUGCCAGGCCCCCGGAGGAUAUCUGCGGUCCAGUACUUCAAUACUGCAGUGGACCAAAAUCACAUCCUUCCCGGAGCCCUCCGGCUCAUUCAGGAGCUGCGCCCUCACUGGAAGCCUGAGCACGUUAAGACCAAGCGCUUCACUGAUGGGAUCACCAACAAGCUGGUGGCCUGCUUUGUAGAGGAUGACAUGAGGGAUGCAGUGCUGGUCCGUGUCUAUGGGGAGCGGACAGAGCUUCUGGUGGACCGAGAGAAUGAGGUCAGGAACUUCCAGCUCCUGCGGGCCCAUGGCUGUGCACCUAAACUCUAUUGUACCUUCCAAAAUGGCCUGUGCUAUGAGUUUCUCCCAGGCAUGGCUUUGGGGCCUGAGCAUAUUCUGGAACCUCGGCUCUACAGACUGAUUGCCCGGGAGAUGGCAAAAAUCCAUGCCAUCCAUGCCAACGGCUGCCUGCCCAAACCUGGCCUGUGGUCCAAAAUGUACAGCUAUUUCACUCUUGUCAAGGAUUCUUUCAACUCCAGACUUUCCCAGAGCAUACCCAGUGUGGAGGUCCUCGAGCAGGAAAUGGCCUGGCUGAAGGAGCACCUUUCGCAGCUGGAUUCUCCCAUAGUAUUUUGCCAUAAUGAUCUGCUUUGCAAGAACAUCAUCUAUAAUGAAAAGAAAGGUCACGUCAGAUUCAUAGAUUAUGAAUAUGCCGGCUACAACUACCAAGCCUUUGACAUUGGCAACCACUUCAAUGAGUUUGCAGGUGUGAAUGAGGUGGACUAUAGCCUGUACCCCAGCCGGGAGACUCAACUGCAUUGGCUGAAUCACUACCUGCAGGCCCACAAGCAACUCUGCAAGGAAGGCUGGGGUGGGACGGCUGUGACCCCCAGGGAGGUAGAGAAGCUCUACGUACAAGUCAACAAGUUUGCGCUGGCCUCUCACUUCUUCUGGGCAUUCUGGGCUCUCAUCCAGAAUCAGUUUUCUACCAUCGACUUUGACUUCCUCAGAUAUGCGGUGAUCAGAUUCAACCAAUACUUCAAGGUGAAGCCUCAGGUGUCGGCCUUGGAGAUGCCAAAGUGACCGGCCUCCUGCCCUGUCCUCCCAGCCAGACCUGCUCUCCUCAGGGCCCCUGCUUGGUUCUGGGGCUCAAGCCUAAAGGGGCAGAGAAAGAGGGAUGCAGAUGGGGUCUCUCCGGUGGGGCAGUCAAGAAGCCCACGCUGCCGGCCCCAAAUUAAUGCCGUCGUAGACCUCGCUCCCCCCUGUCUGGCUUCAGCCUCUGAGGCUGAUGGGACCAGCUCAGGGUACCCUUCCCUUUCACCCUCCCUUUCCCAAACUUUGAUGGGGGGCAGGGGAGUGCCUGUAGAGUACCAGGGAUGAACAACCUUGUAGGACAGGGAUCAAGACAACCAAUGGGAACCAAUGGGAAACCCAAGAAUCCUCCCAACAUUACCCAACCCUCAUCCCUCUUUGCCAUCAGGGGUGCCUUAUUUGUGUAUUGGAACCUGCUCAGCUUGGAUAGAGGGGAGAAAGGGCUCCUUUCCACCUCCAACGCCCAUAUUCUCCAACUCUACCCAUUCCCCCUACUCCUCUACUUUUCCCAAGCAGUGACGAGCUCCAUUACUUACAACUAGCAGCACACCAACAUACCAUGUGUAUAGGUGUACAUAUCUUGGAUGAGGGGAGCCUGGGUUGGGAAUGGCCCCCCAAUCAGCAGCCUUAUCUGAUUCUCUGGCACUCUUCCACUCUUACUUAAUCCAGACCCAAUUACUGGCUCCCAAUCUUACCCCGCCUCCAACCCAAUUUCACUAUUUCCUCACUCAGGUCCUGGGGUUUAUGUUCCCUGCCCCUUGUGAAGGCCUAGUGACUAAGUGUUGGAUACCUCGCUCCCAAACUGCCAUCACACUUGGGAUUGGCUGGGGGAAUUAUGGGGUGCUAUUAGCCAAAAUCUAGGUCAGUAUCUCACUUGCCUUGAUCCUCCCACCCACAACUCCCCCCUUCCAAGAUGCCUCCUGACUUUGUAUUCCUUGAAUACACUGGACCUGAGUUAGAGGACCCUCUCACUUUGGGGGUGAAUCCUGGGCAGUAGGGCAAAAAGGGACAUAUCCCAAGAAAGCCCCAGGAGAGCCAGGGAAUUGGUGGGCCCCCCUGGUUAGGAUCUGGCCUGGACAUAGGUAGGGGAUGUCCUGACCUCCUGAGUUCCUUUGCCAACCACCACUUCCCCUUAGACAGCAAUUAGAUCUCUCCCCUGCCUCCUUCCUGACCCCAGGGCUCCUUGGGGGACCCUUCUCAGCUCUGGCACAUAAAAGUCAUUGAGAUUUGAAUGACCAUGACUUUGUUCUCCAUUAAAAUGGCCACUUGGGUUUCUGGUGCUGCUCA